ACCCGCCAAAAUCUCACGCAACCUUCAAUUUCAACGCGUUACGUGAAGAAGCUAGACUAUUCUUCAUUCUAUACGCGAUUAUAACGCAUUAUCUAGUAUUUAUUGUUAUUUAUUGAUAAAACAAAGUGCGCCAUGGGAAUUCUAGGCCUUUCGAAACUCAUUGCCGAUCUUGUUCCUCAAGCGAUCAAAGAAAAUGAAAUGAAGAAUUAUUUCGGUCGUAAAAUCGCUGUGGAUGCUUCUAUGUGUCUCUACCAGUUUCUCAUAGCAGUUCGGUCAGAAGGUGCCCAGUUAACCUCAGUAGACGGCGAAACCACCUCACAUCUAAUGGGCACUUUCUACCGAACAAUACGCUUGAUAGACAACGGCAUAAAACCUGUCUACGUUUUCGACGGUAAACCACCGCAGAUGAAGAGCGGCGAGCUCAGCAAACGUGCAGAACGCCGUGAAGAAGCACAAAAAGCCUUGGAUAAAGCAACAGAAGCAGGCGACGCCGCUGACGUUGAGAAAUUCAAUCGUCGAUUAGUAAAAGUAACCAAACAACAUGCAGAAGACUGCAAAACAUUACUAAAACUCAUGGGGAUUCCCUACGUUGAAGCACCUUGUGAAGCAGAAGCACAAUGCGCUGCUUUAGUCAAAGCUGGCAAAGUCUUCGGAACAGCCACCGAGGAUAUGGACGCGUUAACAUUCGGUACAAAUGUUCUCCUGCGGCAUAUGACGUUCAGCGAAGCAAGGAAGAUGCCCAUUCAAGAGUUUUAUUAUGAUAAAGUCAUUGAAGGACUUGGAUUGACUAGAAACGAAUUUAUAGAUUUGUGCAUUUUGCUUGGUUGUGAUUACACAGACAGCAUUCGUGGCAUAGGCCCGAAGCGUGCGAUUGAAUUAAUCAAACAACACAAGUGUAUUGAAGAGAUUCUGAAGAAUAUCGACACGAAAAAGUAUACUCCUCCAGCUGACUGGAAUUACGAAGGUGCAAGACAGCUUUUUGUCGAACCAGAAGUAGCUGAUCCUGAAACAAUCGAAUUAAAAUGGAAUGAUCCAGAUGAAGAAGGUUUGGUUAAGUAUCUCUGUGGUGAUAAACAGUUCAGCGAGGAACGCGUGCGCAAUGGGGCGAAGAAAUUAGCGAAAGCACGCGGAGUUACAACGCAAGGACGUUUGGAUGGAUUCUUCAAAGUGUUGAGCACGACUCCAGCGAAACGUAAAGCUGAACCCAAGAAAGCAACGCCUAAUAAACGCGCUAAGACAGGCGCUGGACGAGGCAGACCAAAGUAAAUUUGCGUGAUCAACCGACAACUCGUCAACCAACCCCUGGGCAUCAACCAACAACAACAAAAACGUAAAUAUCUCAAAUCCACGCUUGCUUUAUGCAAACAACCGUGCAGUUCCAAGGACAAACAGCCGGAAUUCUGCAU